ACUUGUUUUUCCUUUCUGUCGUCUUUACAAAGUGUACACAUGAAUAUAUUUAUACAACUUUCUUGUUUAUAUCUUAAUAUUUUAUAGAAAUGUCUGGACAUCGUUUACUUCGUUUGUAUAAAUUCCUAUGGUUUGUUGUCGUCGGAAUGAUAUUAACUCAUAUCGGAUAUUACUUCAGAUAUGACCCGUUGGCUUCGGGAAAAUCUUCUGUCAGUGAAAGACGGCAAGAAAAAACAACUGAUACUCAAAUGUAUAAUCAAAGUGUUAGAUUAUACUCGGCGUUUAUCGAUGAAGAAUAUAAUGGAAAAUUAAAUGAAUCAGCUAAAAAUCAUCCUCUUGUACACAGACAAAUAAUUGUUAUAGCCUGGCAAACUGAAAACGUUGUCAAGGAGACUUUCAAAUGUUGCAUCUUACAAGGCAAAAAUCAUGUGAUGACAUCUAAACCGACCAGAAGCCAUCAAUGUUGCUACAAUAUGGGUUUGUUAAGGGCCAGACGCACUGAGUGUCCACUAGUUGGGGAGUUUUCAAAACUAACUGGAGUAUCAUUAGCGAAAUGGAACAUGAGCUGUCCAACGGAUAAACUAUAUUAUAUAACACCAACAGUCCUUGAUCCAGUUCUAAAGAAAAAUAAAUGGGCUGUGUGCAACAAGUACUUCUAUGGACCUGGUCCUAAUGCAAGACGCCUAGUAGAGUGGUUUGAAAUUCAUCGUUUUGUUGGAGUAGAUAAGUUUACGAUACAUUACGAAAGUACUCUUAAUUCAGCAACGAAAAAGGUUUUACAAUUCUAUCAAAAGAAAGGACUUGCAGAGGUAUUGCAUAUUGGAGCUCCUUUUAAAGGACAAUAUGAGAGCUCGACUGAACCAUUAAUUGAAGCGCCUAAAAAUAUGUACAUGCCAUCUAGAAUGAAAAGUGGUGAAGGAACUAUACAUGCUAAUCACCCUGCCCAAGGAUUUACCAGGAUAUUCCUGGAUCCAGAGAGUAACCUUAAUUUUGCAAAACUAGUCAUAGAUAUUCUGCAAGCAGAAAGGCUAGAAGACAGAAUCACUAUUUAUGAACUCAAAGAAGAGGUAAAAACUCUAAAACAGUCGCUCAAAAAGGACAAGGAACAAAAACGAGAAAAAGAGACUGUGACGAAAAUUAAAAAUUAUAUUGAGUAUUUAAAAAGUAAGCUCACCACUGAAAUAAAUGAGGAGACCAAACCUAAGGGCUUGAACCUGGAAAUUGUUGAAUCUUAUGAAAAUGUCAAUGGAAACAAUGAAAAUCAUAAUGACUUAAGGAGCGGCUACGCUACAAGUAUACAUACAUCUGUGAAUUAUCCUGAUGACGAUUAUAAGGAAUGCUUGGACAAUUUACAGAGUUUGUAUGAAGAAUACUCACCUUCAGGUACAAUCGUUUUCUGUGCUGACUGGAACGUAAACUUACAACAUAUAGACAAUAAUAAAAAUGGACUGAAUUGUACUUUCAAACCGACACUAACAGGCGUGUCGGAGUUGUAA